AUGGAUGAAGGGCGAAGAGGUAACGUGGGCAUUGCAAACCUGUCCCCGCUGCGGCGCCAGCGCUUUGUCAGGCUUACCCCAGGGUCCGCAGGCAGCGCCCACGCUUACACCGACCUGCAGGGACCAGAAACUGUUUCUCGUUCCCCGCCUAUAUCCCGAACAGCCGCCCCGGUCCCCGCCCCCCACCCCUCCCCGGAGUUCCCGCAGCCCACCAUUUCCGGCUCCAAAAUGGAAGGAGGGUGGAGAAGAAAUACCGGGAACGGUGGCCUAGACCCGAUGCAGAGUCCGCCAUCCCCAACCCAGGGUCACCCGUUGCGCGCCCCCUCCCGUCGCCCUGCAGGAAUCAGGCCGUUUCCUCGCCGUCUCCUUUUCUGGUCCUUCCCGUCCAGGCGUCGCCCGAUCGCCCACCUCCUAGGAGAUACCAACUGGUUUUUGAAGAUGGACCAAAAGACCACAGUCACACUCCUAGAGCUUGCUGCAAAGAGUCUGCUGAAUAAUGAGCCUGCAGCUAUCCAUGCCCUGGACGAAAUCCCAAGAGACCUCUUUGUUCCAUUGUUCAAUGCUGCCUUCUUGGGUGGGCAUAAGACGAUGCUAAAGGCAAUGGUGCGGGUUUGGCCUUUUCGCUGUCUCCAUAUUGGGUCAUUGAACACACGAGAGUCAUACUGUGACAUCUUGGAAGCCAUGAUUGAUGGUCUGCAGAUCCUCCCUGCCCAGAACUCUUCCUCUUGGGGGCCCAAACUGAGGAUCCUAGAUUUAAGGCAUGACCUGGACUGUGAGACAAUAUGCUCUGAGAUUGGGACCGCAUUCCCUUUCUGUUUUCAGUCAUGCAUUUACUCUCAGCACUCUAUCCUUAAGAUAGAGGAAGCUCAGCAUAGUGUCAGGUGCCUCGGGAUUGGUAAUUCCGGGUCUGAGCCUCAGUCAGCUCAGGAACCCAUGGAAUUACUAGUGGAUAUUUCCCUCAAUAGUACCUUGAGAACAGAGCAAUUCCUCUCUUUCCUUUGUAGUAAAGUUCAGCAGAACUUUGGGUCCUUGCACCUCUGCUGCAGAGGUUUGCGAAUCGAUAGAAUGUCUGCCCACAAAAGUAUCCUGCAGUUUCUGGAUCUGGGGUGCAUUGAGCACCUGGAAAUAGAUCAGGCUAAUCUGAGUGAAGUCGUCACCCUUUUGGCUCGGGUGAUCCACCUGAACAGCCUUACUCUGUGUAACAUCCCCUUUAAGUCUUAUAAGAGAAGGAACUUCAGAUCUUUUCUCCUCUGCCUUGGGCAGCUGGACAAUCUCCAGGAGCUCAGCUUGACUUUCUUCUGCCUCACAGAUCAACUGCACAAACUGCUCAGAGUUGUGCCACCUCAGUUGGAUACACUGUAUCUACCUUUCUGUAGCCUUUCUAACAGAGAUGUCACUGUCCUGUCCCAGAGCUCUCAGGCCACCCACCUAAGGGUAUUGAGUCUCAGUAACAACCAGAUCUUCUCAGAAGUUUAUGAGCCCUUCCAGACUCUGCUGGAGAAGGUCUCAAGCACCCUGCAACAUCUGGAGAUAAAUAAUUGUAUGAUAACUGAUUCUACUCUCUCUGCCGUCCUCCCAGCCCUGAGCCACUGUACCCACCUCCGUGUCCUUAGCUUUGCCUUCAAUCCCAUUACGAUGCCUGUGCUCAAGAGCCUUCUGCAGCACUUGACAUCCUUGACGAAGCUGAAGUAUGUGAUUUAUCCUGUCCCUGUCCAUUGCUACGAGGAAUGGAAUUUUCAUGACAGUUUGGACCGACAGAAACUUGCUGAAGUUCAGGCUCAGUUGGAGGCGAUGCUGCACGGGGCACAGCGGGACGACAUGAACUGGGCCACUUGUUCAAAGUGA